AGGUUUUCUAACUGAAAAUUAAAUAAAGUGGCAGUUAAAAUUAUCUGUAAUCUGAGCAUUAAUCCAAUACGACGAAUUACAGAGUAACACUGACUUUGAUUGGCAGAUUAUAGAUCUGCCAUAUUAUUUGUAGCUCGGUUUCUUUACAUGACUUUGAAGAAGACAACAAUAGGUUUAGUUCUUCAAUAAAUCCUCAGUAGGUCGAAGGGAAAAUCAGUUAUGUAUAAAUCAACUCUAAAAAAGAAUUUUCAUACUGAAAUAACGUUUUUAAACUAUGUUGCUUCUAAGCUUUUUUUGCACCCUCGUACAGAGGGUAAGGGUAACAAUCGUAAUUUUUACGGCUACCAUCUAAUUUAUUCGCUAGUAUGGUUGGCAAUCAUUCAGCUAUCUAUCACGUUGUAUCUGUAUGGAUUAAAGAAUCUGAUCGCGUUCACCACAGUGGCUCCUAACGUCGGUGUGUGCAUGAUCUCUGCUCUCAAAUACAGCAUCAUUUAUAAUAACAAACCAUACUACGAUCGAUUCUUCAAACACUACGGAGAAGACAUUUGGCAAACAAUUCCGGAGUCAAAGGAAAACGCUAAAGUUAUAUCCAAGUACACUUUCAUAUCUAAGGUCAUCAACAGAGUGUUUGUUUGUUACUCGCUGCCGCUCGUGCUGUAUGUGGACUCGUUCCCGUGGCUAAUAAUGAAGUUUCAGACGAAAUUUCUCGGCAAAGAGAAGCAGCUUUUGUACCCUUUUGACGGGUGGUAUCCGUUUGACAAGAAUGUCUGGUACUUCGCUGCCUAUUCCUGGGAGAGUCUGAUGACCGGGAUCGUUGUCAUGAUCUACAUGUACUCAGACAUGAUCAAUAUAUUCUCCGUCACAAGCAUAUGCAUGGAAUUUAGAAUCUUGGGAAUCAGCCUCAAGAAUUUGGUCAGCGAUGAAGAUAUUCAACAAAUGAAGGGGAAGGACGCUGAACAAGUUAAUAGAAGAAUUAAAAACGAUUUGAAAACUAUAUUGGCAAAGCAUGAUGUCUUGGCUGGGAUGUGUAAAGAGUUGGACCAGCUCCUGGGCAACACCAUGUUCGCCAACUACACAUCAGGUUGUGGGUUCAUUUGCUUGACUGCCUUCACAUUCACGGUGGUGAAUGAUUUUUAUCAAUCCAUUAGAUGCUUCUUCUUCUUUCUGUCGUUACUAGCUGCCGUGUUGGACCACUGCAUCAUUGGGCAAAUUAUUAGUGAUCACAGCAUGCAACUAGCUGAUGCUAUCUACUCUUCAAACUGGACCCACGCGGACCAGAGCACUAAAAGGACCCUUCUGAUACUGCUCAUGAGGACCCAGAAACCCUUCGAGCUCACCGCUAAAGGGUUCGUCACCAUGGACCUCAACACUUUCACUGAUAUAAUGAGCACUUCGUACCAGUUCUUCAACUUGUUGCGAACAUGUUAUUUACCUCAAAUGGGGGAGAUUUAAGUAAUUAAGAUUAAAUAUAAUGGUUUUCAUUCUCCUAUGCACAAUAUACAAUACGUAUAUACUACCUACACUUCGCAAAAAUUAUCAAAUUAAAUAAAUUAUUAAUUAAAAUAUAAAAAAUACAUAAGUAUAUAUCGCAUCGUUUAAGACACCUACCUACCAGAUACCUACCCUUCUUACUUAACUAUUCAUUUUUAGAAAUUGGUAUACCUAGCACACAAUUUUAGUUUUUCACACAGUUCGAAAUUAAAUA